CUUUUCUCAUGUUGUUGGUCCCUUGGUACUCCUCCUUUAGCGGUCAGUAUUGAUGAAACGUUUCUCUUAGGCUGAAGCAGCCCCCACCAAGUCAACUGGACUCUUCUUCUGCUGCUUUUCCGGCACCUGAAGUUUCUCUCCGCACCACUCGAGUGGGCGUUACUGCUUACUGGCUUCUUUCAUCCAUUGUCUUGCAAUAUUGUCAAGAAACUGAAAAGAUAGAAGAUGAAGCUUCAUCUUUUUCUCCAAGUUGCAACUUCAGCUGUAUAUGUGCUUCUUCUACUGCCACUCCCGGGAGCAGCCCUCAGCAAUGAAGGAAGAGCUUUAAUGUCCAUUAAAGCAUCAUUCAGCAACGUAGCCAAUGUGUUGCUGGACUGGGAUGAUAUUCAUAAUGAAGAUUUCUGCACUUGGAGAGGCGUGAUAUGUGGCAAUCUUACCAUGUCUGUUGUUGCUUUGAAUUUGUCUAACCUGGAUUUGGGUGGCGAAAUUUCAAUGGCCAUUGGAGAUUUGAGAAGCUUGCAAUCUCUGGACCUACAGGGAAACAAGCUAACUGGUCAAAUACCUGAUGAGAUUGGCAACUGUAUCUCUUUGAUCCUUCUGGAUUUAUCUGAUAAUCUGCUUUAUGGGGAUAUACCCUUCUCGAUCUCAAGGCUCAAAAAGCUCGAGUUACUGAACUUGAAGAACAAUCAAUUGACAGGUCCCAUCCCCUCAACUCUUACACAAAUUCCAAACCUGAAAACUCUUGAUCUUGCGCGAAACCAGCUUAUUGGUGAGAUACCUAGGUUGAUCUACUGGAAUGAAGUUUUGCAGUAUCUUGGUUUACGUGACAACUCAUUAAUUGGAACGCUCUCCCCUGAUAUGUGUCAAUUAACUGGCCUGUGGUACUUUGAUGUAAGGAGUAACAAUUUGACUGGAACCAUUCCAGACAACAUUGGUAACUGUACAAGCUUUCAGAUCUUAGAUAUCUCAUAUAAUCGGAUAACUGGGGAGAUCCCUUACAAUAUUGGAUUCCUACAAGUGGCUACUUUGUCUCUGCAGGGAAAUAAGCUAACCGGGAAGAUUCCGGAUGUAAUUGGUUUGAUGCAAGCCCUUGCUGUGUUGGAUUUGAGUGACAAUGAACUAGUUGGAUCAAUCCCUCCCAUUCUUGGGAAUCUAUCAUACACUGGAAAGCUGUACCUUCAUGGGAACAAGCUCACAGGGCCGAUUCCACCACAGCUGGGCAAUAUGUCAAAUCUCAGUUACUUGCAACUGAAUGACAAUCUUCUGAUUGGUCAAAUUCCAGCUGAACUUGGAAAACUGGGGCACCUUUUUGAACUGAAUCUUGCAAAUAAUCUUCUUGAAGGGUAUAUUCCUCGCAACAUCAGCUCGUGUACAGCUUUGAAUCAGUUCAAUGUACACGGCAAUCGCUUAAAUGGAUCCAUUCCAUUGGAAUUUCAGAAUUUGGAGAGCCUGACAUAUCUGAAUCUUUCAUCUAACAAAUUUAAGGGUCGCAUACCAUACGAGCUGGGUCAUAUUAUCAAUCUUGACACAUUAGAUCUCUCCAGUAAUGAUUUUUCUGGAUUAUUACCUGCUUCUGUUGGUGACCUGGAGCAUCUUCUUAUAUUGAAUUUAAGUUACAAUCACCUUGAUGGACCAAUACCUGAAGAAUUUGGCAACCUCAGAAGUAUACAGACAAUUGACAUGUCUUGCAACAAAUUAUCUUGUCGCAUGCCGAAAGAAUUGGGCCAGUUGCAGAACCUCGAGUCACUUAUUCUGAAUAAUAAUAAUCUCAGUGGAGAAAUUCCUGGUCAACUAACCAAUUGUUUAAGCCUUGCCAUAUUGAAUGUUUCUUAUAACAACUUUACUGGGGUUAUCCCUGUAGGCAGAAACUUCUCAAGGUUUCCACCUGACAGUUUCAUUGGAAAUCCGCUGUUAAGAGGGAACUGGCUAGGUUCAGUAAGCAGUCCUGGUACUUCAAAAUUCAAAGCAAUAUUCUCCAGGACUGCUGUGGUUUGCUUAAUACUAGGCUUCAUGACCCUACUGUCCAUGGUGAUGGUUGCUGUUUAUAAAACUAACCAACCAAGACAGUUUGUAAAUGGAUCUAAGAAGUGCAUGCAAAGCGGCCCCCCAAAACUCGUGGUUCUGCACAUGGAUUUGGCACUCCAUACUUAUGAAGAUAUUAUGCUAAGCACUGAGAACUUGAGUGAGAAGUACAUCAUAGGAUGCGGUGCUUCCAGCACAGUUUACAAAUGCAUACUGAAAGGUUCCCAAACAAUUGCUGUUAAGCGACUUUAUACUCAGUAUCCACACAAUUUGCGUGAGUUUGAAACUGAAUUGGAGACUGUUGGUAGCAUCAGGCACAGAAACCUUGUCAGCUUGCAUGGUUAUUCUCUCUCCCCCCUUGGGAACCUUCUAUUCUAUGACUAUAUGGAGAAUGGUUCACUUUGGGAUCUUCUUCACGGGCCAUCUAAGAAAGUAAAACUGGACUGGGAAACUCGACUGAAGGUUGCUGUUGGAGCAGCUCAAGGGCUUGCUUAUCUUCACCAUGGGUGCAAUCCAAGAAUUAUCCACCGGGAUGUGAAGUCGUCAAAUAUUUUGUUGGAUGAAAAUUUUGAGGCUCAUCUCUCAGAUUUUGGUAUUGCAAAAUCUAUUUCCGCUGCUAAAACUCAUGAAUCAACCUAUGUACUCGGUACUAUAGGCUACAUUGAUCCAGAGUAUGCAAGGACUUCUAGACUAACUGAAAAAUCAGACGUGUACAGUUUUGGAGUGGUUCUGCUAGAGCUAUUAACCGGAAAGAAGGCUGUAGACAACAACUCGAACCUGCAUCAGAUGAUUCUGCUGAAGGCUGAUGACAACACGAUUAUGGAGGCUGUGGAUCCUGAAGUGUCUGUUACAUGCAUGGAUCUUGGCCACGUCAAGAAGGUUUUUCAGCUCGCUUUGUUGUGCACCAGGCGACACCCUUCUGAGAGACCAACAAUGCACGAAGUUGCUAGAGUACUUGUCUCAUUGCUUCCACCCCCUCCAACAAAGCCAGCAUUGGGUACCGCCAAGACUAGUAACUACUCGCAGUUUGUGAUUGCCAAGGAACAAUCCCAACUUAAAACGAUGCAGCCACAGGUCCGGGCAGACAACAACUCCUCUGAUGCGGAAUGGUUUGUGAGAUUCGGUGAAGUUGUAUCAAAGAACACAAUCUGACAAUAUUUCGAGUCUUUCCAAAUCCAUUGAAGAGAAUGCGAGCUGGAUAUCAGGAUCUCAACCCAAAUUUUGCUUGUUAUAUGGUCUUCCUUUAAACUGAAGGUUGAUGAAGUUCAUAAUGCCAGCAUCUGUAUUAGACAUUUUCAUCGUGGAUCCCUUUUUUUGUGUAAUAUAAUUACUUUACCGUUGUCUAUGUUGCUGGUGUUUGUUUUU